CUUCUCCCUCCCUUUAACAUACGCCGCCGCAACACCUUAGCGAACCCAACCGUAGUAGUAUGUCGGAAUCCGAGCACGAGAACGAGAUCAGAGACGUGGACUUAAGGAAGACCAUAGAACAGUCUAUCAUCCCAGGUUUUCCUGAUGAUUUGGCUUUCAGAUGCAUAGCGAAGCUUUCUCACGGCUAUCAUGGAAUGCUCGAGUGUGUCUCUAGAAGGUGGAGAGAUUUAGUUCGCAGUGAGUAUUACUCGUGCUAUAAAGCUAAAAAAGGAUGGUCAGGGAGCUGGUUGUUUGUUCUGGCAGAAGGUUUUAAGAACCGAUGGGUUGCUUAUGACCCUGAUGCUGAUCUGUGGCAUCCAUUGCCUAGGAACGGAGCUGUUGAAGAUGGCUGGGAUCAUUAUGGUUUUGCGUGUGUUUGUGUUUCCAAUUGUCUUCUUGUGAUCGGGGGUUGUUAUGCGUCAUCGUCUCCUCAUGAGAAUACUGUUGUUACUAGAGACGUCGUGCGGUUUGAUCCAUUUAAAAAAGAGUGGAAAAGGGUUGCUAGUAUGAGGACGCCGAGGGCUCACUUUGCUUGUGCUGUUGUCUCUGGCAAGGUUUAUGUUGCUGGAGGUCGCAAUGCAUUGACACACUUAUUCGGAAUGUCAUCUGCUGAGGUUUAUGAUCCUGUGGCUGAUAGGUGGGUGGAGUUACCAGCAGUGCCUAGACCACAAAUGAACUCCUCGAGAUCUGGGUUAUCGUACAAAGGGUCCUUUCAUGUACUGGGUGAUGAGGUAGGAAUGGCGUCUCAAGCAUUCAAUCCACUAGAGAUGAGUUGGUCCACUGUGGUUGAUAUCUGCCCUCCCCUUGUAAGCAGGAAGUUUAAUGGUCACGUGAUGAAAAAUGAUCGACUGUACACGAUUGAUGACUUGGGACUGGGAGGAAGCUUUAUCAAGGCUAAGGAUACAGAUGAAGGAGAAUGGUAUGAUGUUGGCUCAGUUCCUUCUGUUGUUCUUCCUAAUCAUCUGGGAGAGGCACCGGUGGGAGAAUACGGGUUUGCAGCUCUAAGGGAUAAGUUUUAUGUUAUAGGAGGCAUUGUCCCUAUAGAAUCAGAUGCAGGGAGAUUUGAGCAUGUGGGAUGGUCUGUCGUGAAGGUAUGUAAUCCUUUAGAUAGGCCUCUGAACUGGAGGAAGACCAAACCUAUGUGCAUUCCAGCCGGUGGGCGUAUUAUUGGUUGUGUAUCCCUGGAAGAGUCUCUACGUACUUGAGUUUUGUAUUGGUUCAAUGUUUUAAGAGACGCAGCUUUGACUUUGUUUAUGAGUUCCAAGUUCUUUUUAUGAGUAAUGACUUUGUAAAGUUUGUGAACUCACGAAUACACAUCCUAGAUUGUUGUACUCACGAUUAAACAACAGAGAAAAGGUUGACAACCUUUCGUAAUGAU